AAUAACAACAAUUAACUGUGAUCCACAAUUCAAUUUAGACGACAAUUAGUUGAUCUCUCAAAGAGGAAUCAACAAACUUUAUUCAUCUUUGUUUCUUCAUCACCAACCUCAACCUCGACCAUCACCACUACCAAAGCCAACAAUCAUCUUCACCUUCAAAGACUCUUAAUUGUUUAAUUGUGAUUGUGAUUCUUUCCUAGUUAACUAACCAUGAAUUCAAAUCUUUCCAAUCCAUUGGAAACACUGACCAAAGAUGAGACAAUCCGACUUCGUGAACAACAUAUUGGAAAAUCCUGUACAUUGUUUUUCAAAGAUGACCCUUUGAAAAUUGUCAAAGGUGAUGGUCAAUACAUGUACGAUGAAUCUGGUAAUAAAUACCUUGAUUGUAUCAACAAUGUCGCUCAUGUUGGUCAUUCCAAUCCCCAUGUAACUCGAGCCGCUGCUCGACAAAUGUCACUGAUUUACACAAAUUCCCGUUAUCUUCACGAUGCUAUGGUCGUUUACGCCAAACGAUUGACCCAAUAUUUUCCCGAACAAUUAUCAAUUUGCUACUUCGUUAAUUCUGGUUCUGAGGCCAACGAUCUUGCCCUCCGUUUGGCUCGUGCCCACACUCAACAUAAAGAUGUCAUCACUCAUGAUGCUGCUUAUCAUGGACACUUGACCAAUAUUGUUGAAAUAAGUCCAUACAAAUUUACCAAGAUAAAGGGACAUAAGAAAAAAAAUUGGGUCCAUGUUGCUCCUUUACCUUGCAAUUAUCGAGGUAAAUACAAUAAAGAUAAACAUUUCGAUGAUGAGAAAAUUGGUAAAUUAUAUGCAAGAGAAGUGGCCAGUUUGAUUGAGACUGCAGAGGAAAAAGGUCGUCAUAUCGCCGCUUUCAUUUCCGAAUCAAUGAUCAGUUGUGGUGGUCAAGUUAUCCCACCCAAAGGGUAUUUGAAAGAGGUUUACAGAUUAGUUCGUGCUGCUGGUGGUGUUUGUAUCGCUGACGAGGUUCAAGUUGGCUUUGGUCGGAUCGGCAGUUCAAUGUGGGCCUUUCAACAUCCUUCCAAUGAUGUUAUUCCCGACAUUGUGACCCUUGGAAAGCCAAUUGGUAAUGGUCAUCCAGUUUCUUGUGUGGUCACCACUCCCGAAAUAGCGGCAAGCUUUGAAGGCCUCGGGGCAGAAUACUUCAAUACAUUUGGUGGAAAUCCAUGUUCAAUGGCCAUUGCGAAUGCCGUUCUUGAUGUUAUCGAAAGAGAUAACCUGAUGGGUCAAGCGUCCAUUGUUGGAUCCUUUCUAAUUGAGAACCUUAAUGACCUUGCCAAUUCUUAUCCGGUUAUUGGCGAUGUUCGUGGUUGUGGCCUUUUCAUUGGUGUUGAAUUGGUUCGAGAUCGAACAUCAAAACGACCAGCAAGCCAUCUAGCCGAAUGGGUUGUUCGUCGUUUCCGUGAUUCAGGAAUAAUUAUGAGCACCGAAGGAAAAUAUUCAAAUGUCCUUAAAUUCAAACCUCCAAUGACCUUUAACCUUGACGAUGCUCGUAAUUGGAUCAAUGUUUUCACCUCCAUCAUGAAACAAAUUGAAUCUGAAGACAAACUUUUCAUCUCAUCAUCGUCCAGUAGCUUGACCAGUAUUUCAAGUGUCGAUUCAUUAUUACCAAGUGGUGAGGAGUUUUAAUCAAUCACAACAAUUAACUCAUUAAAAUCAUCAAUUCAUUGGUUGAUUAUCAAAUUAAUCCCACAAUUAAUCAACUUACAUCAUAACCAUUACAACCGAUUAGGAUUCAAUCAUCAUCAUCAUUAACUUUCAUUGACGUUUAUCAUCAUUUGUUAAUUGUUUACAAUUAAUCUAACAAUCAACAUAACAACAAAAAACAAUAAUUAAUUAAUCAAUAAUCAACGAUCUGUUGUAAAGAUCAAAACUAAUUGCUCUUAUUUGUGCCAAAAAUAAUCAACUGAUUAUUAUCAAUUUAUUUAUCCACCAUUGGGAAAAUUGUAUUCCCACAAUCAAUUUAAUUUUUAUCCUUCCUGAUUACAAUUAAAAAGACUAAAUAAUCAACCCCAAA